ACAGCACUUGCUCAGAGAGCUUAUUGCCCUAAACCUAUCAUAAUCUAACAUAUAUAGUCAGUAUGCAAAGAAGUUCAUAGAUAAGUGGACUGGAGUAAGGAAACUGAUAGUAAAUAGAUACGCUCACGCCACACACGUACAGCAAAUACAGCGUCAUGGUCUACACUCUCAGAGUGUAUAAGUUACAUAGAUGUCGACACGUAGUUACUGCAAAUUUUAGCCUCACCAGUACCUAUAAGUAUUUGCGUGUUUCCUAAGAAACUUGUAAUAUACUGAAGAAAAAUAAGCGACUGGUAGCUUGACUACUAUUUUGAAAUUGCCUCAUAGAUUGACUUCCUCAAGUGCUUAUCUCACCAUCUCCCUUUUUUCUAUUUCUUUCUAUAUGUAAAUGUACUGGGGGAGUGGCAAUACGCGUUCUUAGUAACCUGUUUACUUGGGGGUGGAGAGAGGCACAAACACGCCGCUUACAUGUAAUUGUUUCUGUAUAGGCCUUGUGUUUUGUUAUCCGUUCAUUGGUGCUAGUGGAAGACGGAGACAGGAAGUGAUGGAUUCACGUAGCUGCAAACCUUUCCUGUGAACAAAUAAACCGUGUAUGUCUGACACAUGUUCCAGGAUAUGGUAAUCCCUGACACCAACACACAUCGAGAGGGAACGUUGUUGCAAAUAGAUGAAAAUGGACCAAGCUCAGUUAUCUGCUGUAGAAAAUUGGCAUGGUCUGGCUGCACCACAUUUUGCAAGUGACCAGUCUGUGCAUAUGAACUUCUACAAUCCCAGUGAAAGUGAGCCAGGCAAGAGGAGAAGAAGGAAUACAAUGCAUGAGUCUGCCGCUUUAUGUGAGGAUUCAAUGUCUCUGUCUAUCCACAGUGCUUGGGCCACAUCCAUGGCAAAUCUUGGGAUAACUAUGAUGGAUAUGAGAAGUCAACCAGAGGUUGAUGCUGGUCUUGGCGGUAUGAACCCUUUGAUGAUGCCCACGCAUACUCACACUCCUGUGGUGAAGGAAAUCAUCCACUACGCAAGCUGCACUUUAUUCCCACCCAGUCCUAACUUGCCACCCCCGACAACGAGAGUACGACCCCCUGGAUGUAAGACAAUAUUUGUAGGAGGUCUGCCGGAGAAUUCUAGUGAACACACACUACGUGAAGUAUUUGGUCAAUUUGGGGAAAUCCUGACUGUCCGUCGAGGAGGCAAAAGCUUCUGUCAUAUUAGAUUUUCUGAUGGAGAAAGUGUGGAGAGGGCUCUAUAUCUGUCUGGGUACAAAAUUCGUCUGGGCUCAAGUCUUGAUCGGAAAGACACCGGUCAUUUCCAUGUGGAUUAUUCUCAAGCACGAGAUGACCAGUAUGAGUGGGAGUGUCUCCAGAGGGCAAUUGAGAGGGAGGAGAGGCAUCGCCGCCGGCUGGAGGAACAGAGAUUGCGUCCUCCAUCACCUCCACCUGUCCUCGCCUAUUGCGAGCAUGCAGGAAAUGUGUUGGCAGAGAGAUUGAAAGAUAGUACCACUUUCAAAGAUGCUGUGCAAACACUGAUCACAUGGAUGGAGCGUGGGGAGGUGAACAGACAGAGUGCCAACAGCUUCUACGGCAUGAUUCAGUCAAUGAGCAGCAGUGUGCGUCGUCUACAGAACGAAACACAAGAACACAAGAGACGCCUGGAGGAGGCUAAAGAGGAGUUCAAAUGUGGCCUUAACACUAUCUUACAACAGUUUGUUCAGAUUCUAUGUGUAUUCCACGCAGCAUCCAAACAAAGAGUGCGGGACCAUUUUAGCAAAGCACAACGUAAGAACUUAAACACAUGGAGGGAGCAGGCACAGGAGAUCCACAGACUGCACAGUGCGGACCUACUGGGAAUUCGAUGUGAGGAGGAAAUGGAAAUGUCUGAUGAGGAGAUGGAGGGGACAGAACAGAGGAAAUCCCCGAUGAAGGGAGAGAUUGAUUGGCUAAGAGAGGAGAAUGACAAUUUGGCCCGUCAGUUGGAUGUCUGUCGAAUUGAACUCAACCAGCUGAAAGAGUUUGUAAGCGGCCUACAAAAAGGAAGCAAUCUCCAAGAAUCUCUGUCACAGGGAAACGGCUGUUGUGAGCAUAUAGAUGAUGGAAAGAUUCUACUUGAAUCGCUGAAAGAGAGUAACAAUCCACACAUCUCUUUGGAGGAGGAGAUAAGCCCCCAAGAGUCACUUGCAGAGGAAAAUGGUCUGCAUGAGUCCUUACAAAGGGGGAAAGAACCUCAGGAGUGCAAUCAGCAGGAAACUCAUCAAGAGGCAGAUAUAAGUAAACCGGAAAUGUGUCCAAACUCCAGUGAAAAUGCUUGCCUGGACACUAGCGAGAGUGCCUGCUUAGACCCUAGUGAAAUUGCCUGCAUGGAUCCUAGUGAGCACACCUCAGAUGAGGAAGAGAUAUCACAUAAUUGUAGAAAAAAGAGACUUUUGCUGAUAAAUACAGAAGAGUCAAAUGUCCGUGAGGCUUGCCACCAUCUUCAAGAAAGUGUGUCUUCCCCCUCAACUUCUGAAACCACUUUAGAAACAGAACAAGCAUGGUAUUGCCACACGCAGCCUGUAAGACGGCCCCCUUCCAAUGCUGAAGACAGACCGUUGAAAAAUGAGAGAGAAGCACUGCUCAUAGGAAUAAUCAGCACUUUUCUUCAUGUUCACCCAUAUGGUGCAAGUAUGGAUUAUAUCUGUUCAUAUUUACAGCAACUAGACCAGAAGGUAUGUCAGCAAGAGAUUCAGAACCUUCUCUCCAGUAAUCAUCGACUCUUCCAAUCUGAGCUCAGUGGGACAGGAGCCACUUUAGCAGCAAGGUGGAAAUUUUGUGGCUUCCAGCAACUUCCAUUAACAUGACAAUGCUUUACCAGUUUUGUUUAUACAUAAAAGUUUUAUUAUAUAAAAAUGCAUUUUACUCAA